CUUAACGCGAAAGGCUACAGUCACUUCGCGCUCAGCCUCAACGCGGAAAUAAUACAGCGUUACCAUAUCCAUUAGCUAACUGUACAACUAAAAUAAUAUCACGGUCGUCGGUAUUUCAAGGUUCAACUAUUUCAGGGUCGUAAGCAUGACUGAAUAUGAGGUGUCCGUGCAGCAGCUCAAUGAUCUACUGACAGACGAAAGUGGAUUGUAUAUGAUGCCUUCAAAAGACUUCAACGAGGUUUACCCAAAGAUAUAUGUCGGAAAUAUGUGUGUGGCCACCGAUGUAAUGCGCUUGCAACGUCUAGGUGUGACCCACGUGCUGAACGCGGCAGAGGGGAACUCGCUCAUGCACGUGAACACCAACGCUGAGUUCUACGCGGGCACGGGCAUCGUCUACCACGGGAUGCCAGCCAGUGACACAGACCACUUUGACCUCAGUGUCUACUUCGAGGAGGGAGCUGAUUUUAUCCAGAAGGCAUUAGCACACAAAAAUGGGAAAGGGCAGGUAUACGUGCACUGCAGAGAGGGCUACAGCCGCUCCCCCUCUCUGGUCAUCGCUUAUCUCAUGCUGCGGCACAAGAUGGACGUGAGGACAGCCCUGGCCAUGAUCCGACAGAAGAGGGAAAUUGGCCCAAAUGACGGCUUCUUACGCCAGCUUUGCCAACUCGAUGACAGGCUGGUAGCAGAAGGAAAGCUCUAGAACAAACAAGUGGGCUUUGCCUUUUGCCGUUUCGUCAGGCUUCGAUACUGCAAGGAUUUAUGCUUAAGCACAAGAACUGUGACACUUACACAUAAACCCACUGACACACAAACACACAAGCAAACAUACAUGUGCACAAAUACUGUUAUAUUCAGUUUUGGCUGUUGAUAUUUUUAGUGACAUACAAACACAUACACGCACUUUCUCAGACACUCUUUCAUACAGAUGCACACGACACACACAUUCAAGGACGUUAUCGCUGCCCCUUAUUCCCAAACACCCCCUCACAGGGUCUGUGCUAUAGCUGUGUAUGUUUGCUUAUACAGAUACACAGUACAAACACUCACACACACACACAC